GAAACCGAGGCACCAUUGCAGAUGCUCCUGGCUUUGACCCUUUGCGAGAUGCCGAAGUCCUACGGAAGGCCAUGAAGGGCUUUGGGACUGAUGAGCAGGCCAUCAUCGACUGCCUGGGGAGUCGCUCCAACAAGCAGCGGCAGCAGAUCCUCCUGUCCUUUAAGACUGCGUAUGGGAAAGACUUGAUCAAAGAUCUGAAGUCUGAACUGUCAGGGAACUUUGAGAAGACCAUCUUGGCUAUGAUGAAGACCCCGAUCCUCUUUGAUGUGUAUGAGAUAAAGGAAGCCAUCAAGGGAGCUGGCACUGAUGAAGCUUGUCUGAUUGAGAUCCUGGCCUCCCGAAGCAAUGAGCACAUCCGGGAGCUGAGCAGAGCCUACAAGACAGAAUUCAAAAAGACCCUGGAGGAGGCCAUUCGGGACGACACAUCAGGGCACUUCCAGCGGCUCCUCGUCUCCCUUUCUCAGGGAAAUCGGAAUGAGAGCACAAAUAUAGACUUGUCACUUGUCCAGAGAGAUGUCCAGGAGCUGUAUGCCGCUGGGGAGAACCGCCUGGGGACAGAUGAGUCUAAGUUCAAUGCAGUUCUGUGCUCCCGGAGCCGAGCACACCUUGUGGCAGUUUUCAAUGAGUACCAGCGGAUGACAGGUCGGGACAUUGAGAAGAGCAUCUGCCGAGAGAUGUCUGGAGACCUGGAGCAAGGCAUGCUGGCCGUCGUGAAAUGCCUCAAGAAUACCCCGGCCUUCUUUGCUGAAAGGCUGAACAAGGCCAUGAGGGGAGCAGGAACAAAGGACCGGACGCUGAUUCGCAUCAUGGUGUCUCGAAGUGAGAUUGACCUCCUGGACAUCAGAGCAGAGUACAAGAGGAUGUACGGCAAGUCGCUGUACCACGAUAUCUCGGGCGACACUUCGGGGGAUUACCGGAAGAUUCUGCUCAAGCUCUGUGGUGGCAAUGACUGAACAGUGCCUGGUGGCCAUUUCUGCUCACCUCCCAGCAAUAGUCAUGCAAGGAAAUGGCCGAAAGUAACCCCUGAGGUGUCUUAGUGUGGAGCAGCCAUAGAGCCUUUACCCCAUCACACACCCACCUCUCCUAGCCCACAAAUCACACUGAAGGGCCUGGGUCCUUUUAGAGCUCUUUCAGGAAGCUUUUUCCUUCCCCAUCCCGCACAGCCUCCUGCUGCUAAAGUAGACAUUUAUUCUUCUGUUUCAUGCAAUCAUUUCUUUUACUUGUGGCUACGACUCUUGGUUUCAUUUGCAUUCAGUAAUUUUAUAUUUCUAUUUGGAAGCAUAUUUUUAUACAUUACUUGCCACAUGAUUGGCUACAUCUACAUUUCUGGUGAGAGAUUGGCUGCACUGCCAUUCCCUCCAGAAGAAAUCAGAAGGAGGACUGUUAAGAGGUACUGUUUGCACCUAUUGCCAAACUCACUCCUUUUUCAGAGAAGUAAGAAAGUCACCUGUCUCGUCUCCCAGCAAAACUGUCAGGAGAAAGCUAGGUUCUUGCCAGUGACAGAGAUUUUUGUAUUUUGGAAUGUGCCUUAAAUUUGAAUAUCUGUAGCUAAAAUCUUUUUUCCCAAAUUAAAGCCAGCCAACUUUGGAAUGUUCCAAAAUCUUUUCCUCAU